UUACCCUCGUUCAACAACCAAGUUCGCUCUCGCUUUCACUCUCUAUCUCUCACUCACUCUUUUGAAACCCAUAAAUCCAAGCACUUCACUCCCAAACUCACAACACCACACCCCCCAAACUAAAAAGAAAAAUGGCUUUGAAUCUGAAGCCAUCGUUUCUUCUACUCACUUUAGCAUUUUCCCUCACCAUUUUUUCUUUUGUUCCUACUCCUACUUGUUCACGCGCCCCACCUUCUGAAUUCGCCACCACCGUUCUAGACCUCUCUGCUUCACUCCACCAAGCCCAACAAGUCCUCUCCCUUAAUCCUCAGCUUCUAGAAACUUCUCUUCAACAAGAACAAGAAGCACAAAUCAACCCAACUUCCACUUCUUCGUCUUCAUUCUCUGUUAAUCUACACACUAGAGAUUCACUCUUCAAUGCCAAGCACAAAGACUACAAGUCCCUUGUCUUGGCCCGACUCGCCCGCGACUCAGCCCGAGUCGACGCGCUCAACCUCAAGCUCCACUUUGCCCUCAACAACAUCUCCAAAUCGGACCUUCACCCCACCCAAACAGAACUCCUACCCGAAGACCUAUCCACUCCGGUGGCCUCCGGCACCAGCAUGGGCUCCGGCGAGUACUUCACGCGUGUCGGCGUGGGCCAACCCUCAAAGCCUUUCUACAUGGCACUCGACACUGGAAGCGACGUUAACUGGCUUCAGUGCAAGCCCUGUUCUGACUGCUACCAACAAUCCGACCCGGUUUUCGACCCGACAUUAUCAUCUUCUUACAGCCCACUAACUUGCCAGGCCCAGCAGUGUCAGGCCUUAGACGUAUCGGCUUGUCGCAACGGCAGGUGCUUAUACCAAGUUUCAUAUGGUGAUGGCUCUUUUACUGUUGGUGAGUACAUGACGGAAACUGUUUCUUUUGGCAACUCCGGAUCAGUGGCCAAGGUUGCAAUGGGCUGCGGCCAUGAUAACGAGGGCCUGUUCGUGGCUGCUGCAGGCCUGAUCGGGCUUGGAGGCGGGCCUUUGUCUCUAACUUCGCAGAUCAAGGCAACGUCCUUCUCCUACUGCCUCGUGGACCGCGACUCGCCAAAGAGCUCCACGCUCGAGUUCAACUCGCCUCGACCCGCUGACUCGGUCACCGGAGCACUUCUUAGGAACCAGAAGCUCGACACCUUCUACUACGUCCAGCUCGCUGGAGUCAGCGUCGGCGGACACAUGAUCUCCGUUCCUCCGGAGACGUUUGCGGUGGGCCAGUCCGGAAGUGGAGGGAUCAUUGUGGACUGCGGAACCGCCGUGACUCGGCUCCAGACUCAGGCCUACAACUCGGUUCGCGACGCGUUCAGAAGCAUGACUCGGAACCUGCGUACCACGAACGGGUUCGCGAUCUUCGACACGUGCUACGACUUGUCGUCUUUGCAGUCUGUGGAUGUUCCAACGGUGUCGUUUCAUUUCGGCGGAGGGAAGUCGUGGCUGUUGCCGGCGAAGAAUUAUUUGAUUCCGGUCGACGAGUCGGGAACUUAUUGCUUUGCUUUUGCCCCUACGACGUCGUCUAUGUCUAUCAUGGGAAACAUACAACAACAGGGGACACGUGUCAGCUUUGAUCUCGCUCACAAUUUAGUGGGAUUCUCACCGAACAAGUGCUAGAUUGGGCUUUUACAUAUAUAACCCUAAAUUUCUUGCAAUAUUAUUAUGUUAUAAAUUAUUAUUAACUAUUAAAUUAAAAAUAUAUAGUAGUAUAAAAUAUAAAUGUUGAGAAAGGGGAAAUGUCGAAAUGUGGAUAGCUUUGGAUUUUUAUGAUUAUGGGCAUUUUGUAGGGAAGGAUAUAAGUGUAACUAUGGCCAUGCCUCUUGGAUUGUAGGGUUUGUUACUUAUUUGUGGGUGGUGGAAGGGUCCCACCUAAAUAAAUUUGAGAGGAGGGUUGUGCCUGUGGGUUGGUGUGGGUCAUAAAUUAAGAGAGGGCAUGUUUGGAUCAAAUUAAAUCUCUUGGGAAAAAAGGGUCUGGAAAUGUAUACUCAUCGGUGCCAUGUGCUUGCAAAUUUGUGCAAGCCAUUUUCUUAAGAUUGAAGUUAAUGAUAUAUGGUUAGUAUAGUUGAUGGAUGAUA